AGUUGUGGCUCACACUUGGUUGUCAAGAGUUAUACUGUGAGCCAUGCCAGAACUGCAAGUUUCCUUCGAUUUUCUUUGAAAGGAUUACUUAGCCCUAUACGUACUUUACCAGGAGGGUUGGUCAAAAACUUCGGUUAUUCCUAUGAGGCACCUACUGUAACUUGCGUAAUAGAAGAUGAUACACUAACCAAUCAUUCGGAAGAACUUCGGUUAUCCCAUAAGCUAUUGUGGUUCAUGAUUGGUUGCCAAGAGUGUGUAUUAUGGCUCAAUCAUUUGUUGACUCAGUCGUUUUAUGUUGAUCAAGCCACCAUCGUUACUUGCGAAUUUAUUGUCUGGAAUGAAGCAAAAGACUCAUAUUUCUACACCUUUGAUGACCGAAUUACGUCUUAG